GGAGCUGGCCCUCCAGUGUUCUUCCCGUCUUUGCUGUUGCUGCUGUGCUCCUCGGAUAGAAACACCUCAGUGAGCUCUGUGUCUACAAUCCUGUCCCUUUGCAACACUGUCCUUGAUAAACAGACAUUGUGCACUUUCUUGCUCAGAAUUACCUUGGAGGACUUUUUUCUCCAGAAGAGCAGCUCUGAGCUCUAGAGUCAGGAAAGCCAGAGCAGCAUCAGCGCACAGUAAAUCCAUCAUGCUCUGCCAGGCCCAGAAAUGCCUAGAAAAGGAUAAAUAGGAAAUGCGCAUGGGAUCAGUCAGUAGAGGUUGGGAUUAGGCUUCUGCUUUGGUCAUGCCCAGCGCCUGCCUUCCCUCCACACCAGUUCUGAUGCUCUGGGACGGGGCACACCGUGGCAGGUCUCCAGAGAUUUUGGGUUUCCUUACAGUGUGUUUCCUCACUACCUGACUGCCCAUCCUCAGAUGUGGGAUGCCUCAUAGAGCCCAGCAGGGGCUUUGGGGCCUUUGUUGUGUUUUUUUUUUCUUUCACUGUUCGACUUCCUUUUGAAUGGGGUUGACGCUUUCUAAUGUGGGGGGCAAGAGGGAAGUGUAUCCAGUCCACUUGAUGGCAGAUGCACUGUGAGUGAUUUCUCACCAGCUCCUGGAGCAUCGAGCUUGCUCUUUCUGCCGUUGGGUAAAUUUAAACUUGGAGUCCGCUGCUCUAAGCGAUUUCCCAGGUUGCUGCUAGGCGGUCAGUUUUAGCUAAUUGAGGAGACAGCAGUAGUUGGUUCUGGGGAGGUACUUGGGAGGGAGAAUGAGGCAGGCAGAGAAGAAGAGGGGGCUUCAGGUAUGAACGGUAGGACAGGGCAAGAGAGAGGAGGGGGUUAGAGAAUGGGAGAAGAAGGGAGAAGAAGGGCACGAAUGGGAGAGCCCGAGGAACGUGGUGGAAACAUGCAGUUGUACCCACACUGACCUAAAAUAGCUCCAUCCCCUUGCCUGGGCCCUGUGGCCCAGGCCAGGCAGCGUCGGUGGCUUCUAAGACCUCCCCGCUCCUCACCCCUCGCACUGGGGCCUGCUGCACAGACAGUUUGUCAUGAAAAUUGAUGGCGUGCAGGUGCAGGUGCCUGAGUGCUGUAAGGCAUGGGGGGCGGUGGGGGUGGCAGGUUUUAACUUUGGGAAUUACAUUUCUCUAAUUGUCUCUACUAGCCCUCUCUGGACUAGACAGAUUUUGGAGAGAAUUGCCACAGAAUUUAACCAGUUACAGUUUCAUGCUGUUCAGAGCAAAGGCAUGCCUCUUCUGGACAAACGUAUAGCCCACAUUACGGCCAUGCUGCAGCAGUCCCUGGGGGGCCUGCUGCUAGAAGGGCUUCAGACUUCCAAAGUGGACAUCAUAUGGCACUGCCUCCAGACUUACGCUACAAUUGACAAGACACGGGAUGCAGAGGCGUUCGUUGGUCAAGUACUGGUGAAACUGUACAUGGAUGAGGUGAUUGUAGAGCAGAUCGUUGAGUCUCAUCCGGACGGCCUGAAGAUCAUGUAUGCUAAUAAGCUCCUGGAGUUCGUUCCUCACCACUGCCGCCUUCUUCGAGAGGUCACAGGAGGAGCCAUCUCAAGGAAGAAGAGAUUAGGACACAGACAGUACAGACUGAAAGACAAUCGUUUGAAGACAGAGUGGAGAACACAGCUAUCUGCAAGCCAAGGAGAGACGUUUGAAGAAUCGAACCCUACUGCCACCUUGAUCUUGGACUUCCAGCGCCCAGAACCAUGAGAAAAUAAAUUGCAUGUUGCCUAAGCCACCCGGCUGUUGAUAUUUUGUUUAUGACAGCCCAUGACUCAGAAAUUUGAGGACCUCCCCCCCAGACUUUAUCCUGAAGUUCUGUUUCAGCUUCAGGGGCUUGUGUAAUACUACUGUAUCAAGGAGGGAGGCUCCUGCCAUUCCCUGCACUGGGUCAUUGAGACACUGCACAGCUGUCCCCAGGGCUGGCUACAUAAUUUACAAGCCCCAUGCAAAACGAAGAUAUAGGGCCCUUUGGGCAAAAACAGGGAGGAAGUGUUUGUUAAAGGUACUAAAAUAGAAAGCUCAUUUCCUCCAUGGUCUGUCUUCUGAAGGGGCAUGGCUGCUGUUUUCUAUUUGCAUUUAAUGUCAUUCCAAGCAAAUAAAAAUUUUAAAAUGUGAUUAUGGGCAUGAUUCUUGCCAUUCAUCUUCACAGGGUGCAAGGUCAGUGUUAAAUAAUUCACGCAGGGAUUCCACAGCUGGGGCACACCCACGUGCCCUCUUCUUAUCAGAACCGUGGAAAUCCUGCACAAGACCAGCUCUGCCAUCUUUACCUCACCUGGGGACUCACACCUGUUCCACCGACCCUGCCUCCCUCGGCUUCCUGAUGAGUAAGGAACUUGACAGGAUCAGGAGCCGGGGGCUGCCUUUCUUUCCCUUCCCUCCUAAGUCACCACUUCCAAGGCUUGGCUAACACAGGGAGUUGACAUGAGUGAGAAAGGACAAGACAGGGUUCUGGGCUGCUCACAAGAGGCCACCGCCUCCUGCCGGUGCUCAGAGCAAGCUCUGGUCUGUAGGGAAGGCGAGCUCCCGUUGACUCGGUCAUAGACGUCACGUGGUCAGCGAGUCUCGUUGACCACCACU